AUGCAGGAUACGUCCAACUGCGUCAUCAUUGCGGAGGAACAGGCGUUAUAUCCAUCUAACGAAAAGGUGAGGCGAUGGAAGAUACAGAAAUUUGUGGAGCUAUCCAAAGAAUUGAAAUGUGGAAUCAAGAGUUACCCGCUGAUAGGGCACGCACAUUUGUUAGCUGGAGGUGGUGUCAAUCGCAUGACAGUAAUAAAAAAAUUUACCCGUGAUGCUCUAAAGAACGGAGGACUUUCAUAUAUAUGGAUAGGAUCAAAAUUUUACGUAGUUUCAGUGGAUGCCGCCGACGUGGAAGUAAUUUUAAAAAAAUGUUUAGAAAAGGACAACAUCCUGCGCUUUGUUAGAAAACUAAUUGGAAAUGGGCUUGCAUUUGCAACAGUUCCAAUCUGGAGACCACGUCGCAAGAUCAGCGCACCUACCUUCAGCCAAGCCAACCUGAACAUGUUUGCGAAAGUAUUUGCUGAACAAAGUGAGAGUAUGGUGAAGCAAGUGAAGUCAACCUUCGGCGAUGGAGCGGAGCCUUUGUGGAAGUACAUGGCUAAAUACACCUUUCACUCUGUCUGUGAAACAGCACUUGGUGUAAAAUUGAAAGUGAAUGGAAAUACGGAAAAGCAACUAAUGGAAUCCUUUGACAUUCUUCUUAAACUGAUGACGACACGUAUGGUGGAGCCCUGGUUGCAACUGGAUGCGCUGUACAAGCUAUUACCACAACACAACAAUUUUGAGAAAAAUAAAGAAAUUUUACGUAGUUUUGUCAAAGAGAUAAUCAAAGAAAAGCGUAAAAAAAAUAAAGAAAAUAUUAAAACUGACAAUGAUGACACCAAAGUUACAAAGAGCUUUCUGGAUCUCUACAUAGAAUCAUCUGGCGGCGAUCGUGGCUGUACCGACGAGGAGCUACUUGAAGAAACUCUUGUCAUGCUGUUAGCUGGUACCGAUACUUCUGCUGUCGGAUUAUGUUUUACUAUUUGUAUGUUGGCUCAGUACCCUGAUGUGCAAGAAAAAGUGUUCCAGGAGUUGCAAGAAGUGUUUGGUGAUUCAGAGAGACAAGUAGUCGUCGAAGACUUGCCACGUCUCAAAUAUUUAGAAGCUGUGUUCCGAGAGAGUCUACGUUUGUAUCCACCAGUGCCUGUAAUUGUAAGAGCGAUCAAUGAAGAUACAAAACUGCCAUCGGGCGUAACUUUGAAAAAAGGAUGUGGCUUUUUGGCACUUAUUUGGGGCUUACAUCGCAAUCCUUUGUAUUGGGGAGAAGACGCAGAGCAGUUCCGGCCUGAACGUUUUCUUGAAGGACAUUCGAGGCAUCCAGCUGCCUUUGUAGCAUUUAGCCACGGACCUAGAAACUGCUUAGGAUACCAAUAUUCCAUGAUUUCAUUGAAAAUAGCACUUGCAACAUUUCUGAGAACCUACCGCGUCCUGCCCAGACAUGACAACAGCGGCAGCGGCGAAGUGGACCAGGAACCGAUGAAACUUUCCUAUGAUAUCAUGAUGAAAGAUGUUGACGGAUUCAAAGUAAGAUUAGUCGAAAGGAAGAAUGAUGAAGUAUUUUAA